AUGGCGAAUUCUAGAUCUACAUCUAAAAGCAGCCGUUGCAAGGCUUCGGUUUUCUUUUUUGAAUGGGCUGUGAGUUCGUUAUUCUCUCCCUCUGUCAACCGAUGUUGACUAGACUACUACUCUGGAUGCGUACACGAAAAAAGUGAAAUCGAACUACCUGAAAGUGCUGGUUGCUCAUUGCACACGAGCUCGGAUGGGCGACGAAGACGCCAGCAAGUCGUUCGAUUACAGCGAGUUGGGAGCCAAUCCGAGGGUUAUCAAAGACGACCGGGAAGACAUUCGGAGAAGACUCAAAGAAUCGAUGAACAGAAUCUGGACGAAUGAGGAGGCGAAACCGGAUACGGUAGGCAACAAGCACACUUCCGAAGCCUCUAUUCUCUUUUUAGCCUAUCUCGCUCGCUGAACUCUCUGCCCUUUACCGUCUGAAAACUCUAAUCAAAAUGUGCGAGAAACUGGCUGCGAUCAUGUCGAAUAUGGUGAAAUGGCUGGAGAGCAACAAAGAAGUAAGUGCCAGACACUCUUCUCAUUUAUAGCAUUGCACUUGCAGAUGUUUUCAAAAGCUUCCGGGAGCAAUCAAAUCUUCGAAUACGUCCGCAGAAUGUUCGAAUCAGUGUGUGCAAUCGGAGAAGUGUUCCGUCUGACGUCAGUCAACUGGAUGUCUUGCAAAUAUGCGAAAAUGUUGAAGCCGACCGAGACGGAGUACACGCGAGGCGAUGACGGAAUGCUGGAGAUUGAGAAGGCGGAAAAGUAUUGCCCGCAGUUCAUGAGCCAGAUAAACUACUACCGCACUCUCGUCUACAUUCUCGCGUGCUCAUUCGACGGGGUUCUGGAGACCAUAUUCCUGAGCAUCGACAAGGACAGAUGCGGAGUUCAGCAGAAGUGAGAAUGGAAGGAGAUGGUGUUCGAAUGGGACACUUUUUCAGAGACAUCAAGGCGGUUCUGCAGAUGCUCCCUCCACAGUAUCUCUUUGCCAAAGACUACGUCAAGUUGUCCCGUCGAACUGCGACUCUUCUGGAGCAUCCGCCGAAAAACGAGCUCAGUUUCCCAAUGAAACCGAUUGUCAGUUUCAGUUGAGAAACAACACAAAACGAUUCACGCAUUUCAGGACCCGAACUACAAAUCAGAAACGUCGGCGAAGCAGGCAUCGACGAAAAACAACAAAUCGGCAAAGAUCACUUCGAGCAAGUACGUGCACGCGAGGAAUGCCGAGACAAGAAGCCCGACGCUGAAGUCCGAAGGCACUCAGAACUCGGGGAGCAAGAGCAAAAGCAAGAGCAAGAGCAAGUCGAAGAAAAAGUCCGUCUUGAAGAGGUACGGUAAUUCUGUCAAGCCGCAUUACACUCAAAUUUUUUUUCAGAGUUAUGGAUCAGGUCAGCAGUCCAAAGAAGUCGGAUAGAGAAUAAUUGGCAUCCAUUAUUUCUGUUGUUUUUCCAUUCGUUUGUGUCUGUCUGUAAAUACAUGUUUCUCGAUGGAAAAGUGCAAAUACGGCAUGAUUGCGAAUAAAUCAUAACCUGCAAAUAGUCUCUGGAAUGACAAAAAAGCUGAUCAAAUAGUCGGAUAAUUGUCAUCGGACGGUCGGAAACGAAUGCGAUACGCGCCCCAAAAAUAAUAAAUGUUAUUAUGGGAAAUGCAAACGAAUCGAACGGCAUUCGGUGAAACCCUGACACUUUUCCGCCGCCGCUUUUCUCCAAAUGCUCUUUCAGUCGGCUCUCCUCUUCUGUAUUCUGAUUACUGAUGUUACGGCGACGCAUCGGAUAAAGGGAAUCCGGAACAGAGACAUUGUGCCGAGGAUCAAAAGACAACUCUAUCUGUGCGGCAUUCAGCCCUAUCAGUACUAUUCCACUAAUCGUAAGUGAGAAAGUAUGCAAUAUCAUCACUUAUCCCUUCUUCAGCGUGUCCGUCUUCGCAGUCCUGUCCCAACGGCGGCAUACUCUUGAACGUAGCCUGCCAACAGUCUUAUCAGUGCACCCCGUACUAUUCGGGCGUCUCCUCGUGCAUCAACGGCUUCUGCUGCACGUCUCCGAACGCCCUGAACAACCCGAUUCCCGCCACCACCACUACAAAAGCUCCGGUCGUCCCGAACAGCUUCAGUGAGUCAAUUCUCGCUUCCUUGAACCCGGAGUGAAAGUCGAUUUAAGGUGUCUGUCCGUCGGGCCAACUUUCGGAAGUUCGAUGCACGACACGCAGCCAGUGCGCCUCCGGACAAACCUGUAUCGGAGGACUGUGCUGUACGACAACGGGAAACGAGUGGAAUGGUAUGCAAAUGCGAGGCCAUGCCAAAACAGCGGAAUUCACGAAAACCGCGGAUGCCAAAACCGCGGAAGCCAAAACCGCGGAAAAAAAUGCCAAAACCGCGGAACCGUGCAGGCGCAAUACUUGACGCGCAUUUUCAGAUUUCGGCGUUUAUUGAAUAGAAGGGAUUGAAAUUUAAUAGCAUCAAACAUGACAAUUUGCAGAAAAUAACUUUAAACAUUUAUUUUGACGUAUAAAAAAAAGGCAGCAGUAAAGAAAAAUAGCAGUUUUGGGUAAAAAAAAGUCAUCACCUUCUCGUUUGGUCGAUUGAGAUUAAUCCGUUUGAAGUUUCCCCCCAAAAAUGCGUUACUUUCAGUUUUUUUCUGUAAUUUUUGCUGUUCGAUCGCGCAAGAUGUUUGCUUUGUAUUUAUGCGAUUUAUCAUUCUCAAAACCAAUUUUGUGUGAAAACGGUCAGGAAUGAGCAAUAUAAGGAGUGUGGUUUUCAGGCGGGGAAGGCGAAAAAACGAAAUACUUGGCGGAAGCCACGCCUAUAAUGUCAGCUCUGGAGGUGGCUACCCCUAGCCAGAACUGUUUGAAUCGGAACCGUCCUAAAUCAGAAGCUAUCUGCAUGUGGUUUUUGUUACAAAAAGUCGUGUUGAUUCGAGACAGUUCUGGCUCGGGGUAGCCUCCUCUGGAGACCGUGAAAAAAAAAGAUUUAAAAAAAUAUUCUGCAAGUCCCAACUAAAUGUGAAAACCCGGCAGGCACCACGAGCUUUUUCUAUUCAGGACCACUUUUUCUAUUCAGGACCACACAUUCGCCGUGGAAUUGCAGACAAUAGAAAUAUGCUGAUGAUAUCUGUCAAAAUAAUUUUAAAUAUAACUCUCAUUUCCAAUUUUUUUUUCAGAACUUCCAAACUUCAUUACUUUGUUUGAUGCUAUUAAAUUUCCAAUUCCUUCUAUUCAAUAAACGCCGAAAUCUGAAAAUGCGCGUCAAGUAUUGCGCCUGCACGGUUCCGCGGUUUUGGCAUUUUUUUCCGCGGUUUUGGCUUCCGCGGUUUUGGCAUCCGCGGUUUUCGUGAAUUCCGCUGUUUUGGCAUGGCCUCGCAAAUGCUGUUUUUGGCUGGCAGUUGGCUGCCGAAUGGGUUUGACGGCCACGCUUUUUUGGUUUGAUGCGAAUGGCAAAUGUAUUGUGACGCCAAAGUGUUUCAAAUGUGGUUUUGGGUUGAGAAAAGUGAGGGAAGGGCACGAAUGAACGUGUACGUUUUCAGUGGCGUGCGGGGGAGAAGCCGCGCUUGGAUCGUGUGAUUUCAAUGGAAGAUGUUCGGCAAUCAGCCAGGUGUGCACGUCCGCCAACUACUGCUGCGAGUGCCAGUAUGGAAAAGUAUACGGCACUUGCGGAAAUGUAAGACUCUCUUCAAAUCAAAUUCAUCUCAAUCCUUCACAGGGCGUCUGUCCGAACGGCUUCUCGUGCCAACCAAACGGAAACUGUUGUCCAGUCUGUCCGAACAAUCAGAUGCCGUUCGGAAGCUGUGUUGCAGGCCAAUGCGGAGCCGGAAGAACGUGUCGUCCUGGAAAUAUCUGCUGCUGA